GGCAUGCAUGCAAGCAAGCAAGCACACCAAGCUUGCCUCUGACAUGCCAAGCUUCGCUCUCAUGAUGACUGGUUGUCCACUGCGACAACUCUUACUUCGGUACCUCGUACCAGGAUUCGACAAUCCACCUUAGGCCACCCUUCUACCUGGUACUCGCCUAGAUACACGAAAGGGCAACUAGACACCGCAUCGCUUUCGACACUCAAACCGAAAGCAUCUUGUGCGUAGUCAGCAUAAUGAAGAGAACUGGCGUCUCUUUGGAAGCUGGCAGGGCAAGUGGGGCGAAGAAGCCCCGAAAAAGUGUCACCUCUGGUUCAGUUCCAUCACUACCUAUUGUACUUCGCUCGCCGUCACCUGUAUCGCCUGUUGUAGCCCGUUCUGCGACCCCUGUUCUCGCACCCUCUCUCCCUUCCAUUGCCCCUUUCACUUCUACUACUACUUCCUCUUCUGCCAUCGCUUCGACCUCUGGCUCCAGGUCUCCUUAUCACAAGUCGCAUGCCAGAGCGUUGCCUUCUACCUCUACCUUCGCUACCAAGCCCACUACUUCGUCUUCAACUUCUGGUGCCUCUUCCUCUACGAGCGCAUCUACUGGCAAGACUUCGACAUCUGCCAGUAAGAGUACUGCAAAGACCAUUGCCAAUGCUUCGACCUCCCGUGUCUCUGCCUCUACAAGCACAUCCAGUGGCGAGAAUUCGACAGCUGUCAGCAAGAGUACUGCAAAGACAAUCGUCAAGGCUUCGAGUUCCCAUGCAUCUACAGACAAGGAUGAGAACGCCUCGCCUUCAAUCUCAACUCCUCGCACUCCUCUUGCCGCCACCUCCACAUAAUGUCGCCACAUCUUCUGCCUCUUCUUCCCGACCCUCGGGAGUCGACACCCUCAUCGGACGCACGGGUAACACGAAGAGGUGGACGCAUCGAGGCACUCU